GACCUCCUUUUGUCCACUUGAUGGCUUAUUACCACUAUUGAUUUUGGCUUCUUUAUUUUACAGACUUCCUGCGGGGCGGCAGAUGACCCGCCACAUAUCUGCUGCUGAAGAGCACCAACCUAUAUCAGUCCAGUUUUUUCAAGAUAACCCCACUAUUUUGAUAUAUAUCUAUAUUUUUUAAAACUUUCCUCAGCAGGAGAGCUGGAGCCGAAUUGGAACUUAAAUUUUUUUCCUGGACGACGUGGUUUCAUCCAGCGCUGUUGGAUCGCGUGUUAGCCAGUGGAAAAGCAGAGGAGGAGCCGAGCUCCAGCCUGAGCGGCGAGGAGGACAAGGAGCCGCCUGAAGGAGGACCGACAGCGCUGGGGGGGGGAGGCUGAAACUGAAGCAUCGCUUUGGCGCAUCACUUGGAUCUGGAGGAGCGGCAUGCAUCACCUGCAGUAGAACAAGCAUCCUUUCGGAACCUCCAGCAGAACCAGGAUUGACCUCCAGCUUCACACUUCCUGUCCAACAUGGGUGCACAAAGUCUUCUGGGCUGCUUUCUCCUCUUUGCUCUGUUCACCCUUCCCGAUGCCGGACUUAUCAAGAAGAUCCUGCGGCAUCGGCGGCAGACUCUUUCCCCGCAUAAGGAGCAUAACGCGACGCUCCCCGGCGCGGGCCACCCGCUGGUUUUCAGCCACGUCUACAACAUCAACGUCCCUGCCAGCGCGCUGUGCUCCGUGGACUUGGAUGCGCCUGAGGGCCAGGGCCUCCAACCGAACGACGCCUCAGACGGACACCAGGUCACCGAGCACACGGUCGACGGGGAGAGCCAGAUCGUCUUCACGCACCGCAUCAGCAUACCCCAGCAGGCCUGCGGCUGCGGCGACCGCCCGCCCGGCCUCAAGGAGCUCAUGAGCCGGCUGGAGAUGCUGGAGGGAGAGGUUUCGGCCCUGAGAGAGCAGUGCGGCGGGGAGGCGGCCUGCUGUGGAGCACCCGUCACAGGUGAGCUGCGAACCAAACCUUUCUGCAGCGGUCGUGGGAACUACAGCUCUGAAACCUGCGGCUGCGUCUGCGAGCCCGGCUGGAGAGGGCCCAACUGCUCCGAGCCCGAGUGUCCCGGCGGCUGCCAGGACCGCGGCCGCUGCGUGGACGGGAGGUGCGAGUGUUGGCGCGGGUUCGCCGGAGACGACUGCUCGCUCCAGGUCUGCCCGGUGAGCUGCGGCACACACGGCCGCUGCGUCGGCACCGUCUGCGUCUGUGAGGACGGUUUCCACGGCGACGACUGCUCCCAGAGCCGGUGCCUGAACGACUGCUUGGGCCGCGGUCACUGCGACGAUGGCGACUGCGUGUGUGACGAACCGUGGACAGGCUACGACUGCUCUGAGCUCAUCUGCCCCAAAGACUGCUACGACCGCGGCCGCUGCGUGAACGGCACCUGCUUCUGCGACGAGGGCUUCAGCGGGGAGGACUGCGGGCAGCACAGCUGCCCCAACAACUGCCGCGGCAACGGCGUCUGCGUGGACGGAAAAUGCAUCUGCACGGCGGGCUACAGUGGCGAGGACUGCUCCCAGCCCACCUGUCUGAGCGACUGCAGCGGCAGGGGAACCUGCAUCAAGGGGAUGUGCAUGUGCGACCCCGGCUACCAGGGCGAUGACUGCAGUCAGGUGGCGUGCCUGAAAAACUGCCGCGGCAGGGGGCAGUGCAUCAACGGCCGGUGCUCCUGCGACGCCGGCUUCCAGGGAGACGACUGCGCAGAGCUUUCCUGCCCCAACAGCUGCCGGCAGAGGGGGCAGUGCGUGAACGGCCAGUGCGUCUGCGACCAAGGCUUCGCCGGCGAGGAUUGCAGCAUCCACACCUGCCCCUCCGACUGCUACGGCCGCGGCACCUGCGUGCACGGCCGCUGCGUGUGCCACGCAGGCUUCAGUGGCAACGACUGCAGCGAGCUGAGCUGCCCGAACGAUUGCAAGGGGCGGGGCCUCUGCGUGGACGGCCAGUGCAUCUGUGACGAGGGCUUCAGCGGCGAGGACUGCAGCCGGAGAGCCUGCCCCAACGACUGCCUGGGCCGCGGUGACUGCCUGGAGGGCAGGUGCGUCUGCCGGGAGGGCUUCUCCGGAGACGACUGCUCCGCCGUCUCCUGCCCGGAGAACUGCAGCGGCAGGGGCAGCUGCGUCGACGGCAGGUGCUCGUGUGAGAGCGGCUACGAGGGAGACAGCUGCGCAGAGCGGAGCUGCAGCAACAGCUGUCAUCAGAGAGGCAGCUGCGUGAACGCGCAGUGCGUCUGCGACGAGGGCUACAUCGGAGAGGACUGCUCAGAGGUCUCUCCUCCAAAAGACUUGACGGUCGGCGAGGUCACCGAGGACACGGUGGACCUGUCCUGGGACAACGAGAUGCUGGUCACGGAGUACCUGGUCACGUAUGCUCCCACGAUUCCCGGAGGUCUUCUCAUGGAGUUCACUGUGGCUGGAGACCAAAGUGCUGCCACGGUUACAGAGUUGGAACCUGGGAUGGAGUAUCUGAUCAGCGUCUACGCCGUCCUGAGCAACAAGAGAAGCAUCCCUGUCAGCGCCAGGGUGGUCACAGAUCUGCCCCAGCCGCAGGGUUUGAGGUUCAAAUCCGUGAGGGAGACCUCUGUGGAGGUGGUGUGGGACCAGCUGGACAUCUCCUUUGACGGGUGGGAGAUCUAUUUCCGUAACACGAAAGAAGAAAACGGAAAAGUCAAGAGCAUCCUCCCCCCCUCCCAAAACCAGUUGGUCCAGUCCGGGCUUGGACCGGGCCAGGAGUACGAGGUCUCCGUCAGCGUCAUCAAGAACAACACCAGAGGACCCCAGACGUCCAAAAGAGUCACCACCAAGAUCGACGGGCCGCAGCAGGUGGAGGUGAAGGACGUGACGGAGUCCUCGGCUCUGGUCAGCUGGUACCUGCCGGUGGCUCCGGUGGACAGAGUCGGCGUGUUUUACGCGCCCGGCUCCGACCCCUCGGCGCAAACCGCCGUGGACGUUCUCCCGUCCGACAAGCAGCUCAGCAUGGACGGUCUGAGGCCGGACACGCAGUACACGGUGCUGCUGGUUUCCAGGAGCGGAAACGCCACCAGUGACCCCGUUACCACCACGUUCACAACAGCGCUGGACGCCCCCACGGGCCUGCAGGCCGUGUCCCAGACCGACAACAGCGUCACUCUGGAGUGGACCAACAGUCAGGCUGACGUUGGCAGCUACCGAGUGAAGUACAGCCCCAUCUCCGGAGCUGCUCACGGCGAGGAGGUGGUCCCGCGGGGGUCAGGGCUCACCACACAGGCGACUAUCACUGGACUGAAUCCGGGCACAGAGUACGGGAUGGGUGUGACCGCCGUGAGGAAUGAGAGGGAGAGCCUGCCUGCCACCACAAACGCAGCAACCGACCUGGACCCCCCCAGAGAGUUCGAAAGGGUGGAGUCCACGGAGACGUCUCUCACUGUGAGGUGGCAGAAGCCUGACGCCAAAGUCAGCAGAUACAGACUGACCCACACCUCACGGGACGGACAGUUCGGGGAGGAGGAGGUCCCGGCCUCGGAGUCCACGCACGUCCUGAGGAGCCUGAGUCCCGGCAUGACCUACACCCUCACUCUGACUGCAGAGAGGGGGCACAGGAGGAGCAGACCCGUCUCCCUGUCUGCUUCCACAGCCUCUUUCACGUUUUACUUAGCGGUCUCAGACGACCGCGAGUUAACGGCUUCUGCAGCCUCGGAGGACAAUCUCAUUAGUUUUGUGUAUUUAAACCCGCCCGAGUCCCAUUUUUCUGGGACAGAGCCCGAGGACACGCUGGGAACGCUGACUGUCUCGGGCGUCGCGUCUGACGGCUUUGACCUCACGUGGAAGGCAAACCACGUCUACGAUAACUUUACAGUAGAGUACAGAGAGUCCCUGCCGUUGGGGGACGUGAGAGAGGUCCAGCUCCCCGGAGAUGCCGGCGGCUCUCGAAUCCGCGGCCUGAAGCCUUCCACAGAAUAUCAGAUAAAACUUUACGGAGUUCAGAAUAGCCAGCGGUCCGCUCUACUUGAAGCGGUUGCCUUCACAGCACCUAAACCUACCUCAGAUGUUCAGUCACUGACCAAAGAAGCUCCAUCCACCUCCCAAUCCACUCAGGAGAGUCCAAACUUUGAUAUUCUAAGCAAUGAAGCGCAUUUUGAUACCGGCCUAACGAGCUCGGGGGGCGAACCCAGACCCCCGGGUACAGAACCGCUGGGGGAUCUCACGGUCCGAGUUGAAGCCACCAGGAUGAUCCUCACGUGGUCGGCGUCUGAGGGGGUUUUUGAGAGCUUUCUGGUGGAGCUCGGUGCUCAGACGCCUGCAGCACCACCCAGAAUAAUCAUUCUACCGGGAAAUGUGAGGAGGGCUGAGGUGGAGGGUCUGACCCCCUCCACACUCUAUAAUAUUACAUUGCAAGGUCUGGUGGACGGGAGGCCACCCCUGCCUCUCAAAGGUUUUGCCACCACAGCGGAGCUUGAGCCGGCGGUGGUGAACCUCACCAUCUCUGACAUUACAUGGGACAGCUUCACUGCGUCCUGGAGCCCCCAGGGCGGAGACUUUGACAGCUUUGUUAUUGAGGUAACAAACAUGGAGAAUCUCCUUGAGAGUCAGAACCUCACACUGUCCGGAGACGCUUUGAGCUUGGCCAUCUCCGGGCUGUAUCCCAACACCACCUACAUGGUUGGCCUGUAUGGGAUGCAUCAGGGCUCCUUCCUUGAACCCCUGUACAAUGAAGCCACCACAGCAAUUCCGCCUCUCGUUGGCAAACUGUACAUCACAAACGUGACCUCAGGGAGCUUUUCCGUCCUCUGGAACGGAACCCAAGGACACUUUGAUGGUUUGAUCCUGGAAAUAAUUGACUCUGAUUGGCUGAUGGAGCCAAAAGAAUUUAACGUAUCGGUCGAUGCUGUAUCCCACGACGUCACAGGGCUCAGGCCCAGCACUGAUUACAUAGCCUACCUCUAUGGGACGUUAAAGGGAUCUCGAACAAAGGCUGUCAGUGUUAUUGCAACAACAGCUGAAGAGCCUGAUUUGUCCAAGCUUGUAGUUUCUAACGUUACCUCAGACAGAUUCUCGCUGGCGUGGCGCACAGGAAAGAAGGAGUUUGAUAGCUUUAUAGUAGAAGUCAGAGAGUCUGCUUUGCCCUCACAGGCCGUGGGCCGUGCGCUGCCGGGGGACGUGCGCUCCACGGUUAUGGCUGGACUUAAAGCCAGCACGAGCUACGACAUAAAGCUGUACGCCAGUGAUGCUGGCGGGCAGAGCACUCGGCCUCUGUUUGCUGUAGCUACAACAGAGGACGCUCCGCAGUUGGGGGUCUUGACGGCUUCCUCUGUGAGCUCACAUAACCUCAGCUUGUCCUGGGAAACCGUGUCGGGCCACUUUGAUGGCUUUGUUAUCCGGGUCAGUGACCAGCAGUCUGACACGCUGGAGUUCAAACUGCCCGCCGAGGCCCGGAACAUUACGAUCCCCAACCUGACAGACGAUACGGCCUACGAUAUUGAACUGUACGGUAUUUCUUACGGGCGACACAGUUCGUCUGUGUCGGCUCGCGCUGUCACAGCUCCUUUGCCUAAAGUAGAAAACUUGACCAUUUCCGACGUCACCCCCUAUGGUUUCCGGGUCUCUUGGGAGGUGAGACAGCGAGAGAAGUUAGCGCCCCAUGGUGGCGGCUUUAGCCACUUCCACAUUGUGGUGACAGACUCGGGCUGGCUGCUGGAGCCUCAGGAGUUCACUGUGCCGGGAAACCGAAGCCAUCUGGACAUUUGGGGCCUCAUCACCGGCAUAGGCUAUGAUGUCAGGCUGACGGGGGUGACAGAGUCGGGGCUGCUCUCUCGGCCUCUGACCACAGUGGCUGUGACAGAGGCCGAGCCGGAGGUGGACCAUCUCUUCGUCUCUGAUAUCACAGCGGACGGUUUCCGUCUGUCGUGGGCGGCAGAUGAAGACAUAUUUGACAGAUUUGUGAUCAAAUUAAGGGACAGCAAAAGAUUAGCGCAUCCUCAGGAGUACAGCGCUCGAGGCGACGAGAGAACUAAGGUGAUAACGGGCCUCAUGAGUGGCACGGAGUAUGAAAUCGAGCUUUACGGUGUCACUCUGGACCAACGCUCCCAACCUGUCACAGUGGUCGCUCAGACAGGUUUGAGCUCUCCAAGAGGCCUCCGGUUCUCUGAUGUGACCGACUCCACUGCUGUGGUUCACUGGUCCACACUGGGCUCUCUGGUGGAUAACUACCGCAUCACCUACACGCCCUUCGGAGGAGGUCAGUUCGGAAGCCCGUUGAUCGUGACAUCGGAUGGCAGCACAUCCCAGUCUCUGCUGGUCAAUAUGAUUCCUGGAAAAACGUAUGUUGUGACCGUGAGCGCCGUGAAGGGUUUGGAGGAGAGUGAGCCGAGCAGAGACACCGUCACCACAGCGCUGGACAGCCCCCAGAGUCUCGCUGCUGUAAACGUCACUGACGUGUCUGCCCUGUUGCUGUGGCAACCGUCUGUAGCCACGGUGGAUGGCUACAUCAUCACAUUGAGUGCUGAGUCAGUUCCUCCGGUGGUCGAGCAUGUUUCUGGGAACACGGCAGAGUUCCAGAUGCGCUCACUGCUUCCAGGAACCACCUACUCGGUUGGAGUUUAUGGUGUGAAAGGAGCUCAGAAGAGUGCCUCUGCAGUGACAGAGUUCACCACAGGCGUGGACCCGCCUCGUGACCUGACAGCCACCAAUGUUCAAAUCGAGAGCGCCACCCUGACCUGGAAACCUCCUCAGGCCGCCAUAACUGGUUACAUGCUGAGCUUUUCCUCUGCCGACGCCGUAAUCAGGGAGGUGAUGCUGAGCCCCACAGCCUCCUCCUACAGCAUGUCCCAGCUGACCGGCUCCACAGAGUACAACGUCCGCCUGCAGGCCAUCGCCGGACCACAGAGGAGUCGGUCCGUCACUGCCGUCUUUUCCACGUUUGGUCAGCUGUACAGACGGCCGCGAGACUGCGCUCAGAUUUUACUGAACGGAGAGACGACCUCUGGUCUUUACACCAUCUACAUCGGAGGCGAGGAGAGCCUUCCCAUCCAGGUUUACUGCGACAUGAGCACAGAUGGGGGCGGCUGGAUGGUUUUCCUCAGACGUCAGAACGGAAGGCUGGAUUUCUUUAGGAACUGGAAAAACUACACCGCUGGCUUUGGGAACAUGAACGAGGAGUUCUGGCUGGGUCUCUCCAGUUUACACAAAAUCACAGCUUUGGGACACUAUGAGCUUCGAGUGGACCUGAAGGACAAGGGGGAGUCGGCCUACGCCCAAUACGACAAGUUUACGCUUUCAGAGCCAAGAUCGCGCUACAAGAUCAACAUAGGAGCGUACAGCGGAACUGCAGGUGACUCCAUGACCUACCACCAGGGCCGGCCCUUCUCCACCUACGAUAAUGAUAAUGAUAUCGCCGUGACCAACUGCGCCCUGUCCUACAAAGGUGCCUUCUGGUAUAAAAACUGCCAUCGUGUCAACUUGAUGGGGAAAUACGGGGACAGCAGUCAUAGUAAGGGGAUCAACUGGUUCCACUGGAAAGGACACGAACACUCCAUCGAGUUUGCAGAGAUGAAGAUCCGGCCAGCCAACUUCCGAAAUUUAGAAAGCAGGAAAAAGCGAUCGUAGUCGCGUGAACCUCCCCUCUCCUGUGCGGCACCUCAUCAACAAACCCUCAUUUCCCCCACAUCUAAGCUCUGAUUCUUAUUCCGUUCAGGUCCAGAACAUCACGCCAAAGAACUGGUGCAGAAUUUAGCCCUUUUGUUUGUCGCCGUGUGACUGUUUCCCUCAAAGAAAAGAGCUGUUUUCCCCUUUAUGGGUUGGACAUUUGUGUGUCAAUGUGACUGCCCCGCCCAAAGCCAGGAAAACUGGGAACCUGCCCCCUAUCCCUGAAUCUGUCAUGUGUAUUUUAGGUGAAUCGUGUUUUAAAUUAAAUGAAUCUUUCAUGAGAAAAGUUUGGUUCUAGUGAUCAUAAAUUAACUCUUUAUUGUACAAACAUCCACCGAACGUGCUUGUUGUGAACCUCCACUUCUGAGCUGCUGGUUUCUGGCAGAUCAAACAUCUGGUGCUCUGUAACCUUUACUACAAAUAAAAACCUGUUUGCUAAAAGUG